UAUAUAUAUAUAUAUAUACCCACAGAGAUUUAGAUACACAAACACCAACUGACCAUCUUCCAAAACCAAACUGUCUCUAAAAUGGAAAGAAACCCGCCAUUGAUAACCUCCGAGUUCCUCCCAGUAGACUCUCAGAACAAAGCCACUGAGCUUCGUCUACUAUCAAUUUCAACUCCCCAUAUGCGUGCUUUUCACUUAGCCUGGCUCUCACUCUUCUCCUGCUUCUUCUCCACUUUCUCCAUCCCUCCUCUCAUUCCCGUCAUCCGCCAAGACCUUAAACUCUCCGACGCCGACAUCGGUGCCGCCGGAAUCGCUUCCUUUCUCGGCUCCAUCUUCUCCCGCCUCGCGAUGGGCCCCGCAUGCGACCUCGUGGGCCCACGUAUCGCGUCAGCAACCCUCUCUCUUCUCACCGCUCCGGUAAUCCUCGCCACCUCUUUAAUUUCCUCCGCGAAACUCUUCAUUCUCGUUCGGUUCCUCGUCGGAUUUUGCUUGGCCAACUUUGUGGCUAACCAGUUCUGGAUGAGCUCCAUGUUUGCCGGGAACGUCGUCGGAUUAGCCAACGGCGUGUCAGCCGGCUGGGCUAACGUCGGCUCCGGCGUGGCUCAGCUAACUAUGCCACUUUUCUACUCGCUCGUUUCAGAAUACUUCAAUGUCCCAUCAUCCACCGCAUGGCGAGUCAUCUUCUUCAUCCCUGCAAUCUUUCAGGCUUCCAUGGCACUAAUGGUAUUAGCCUACGGGCAAGACGUUCCCCCCGGAAACUACAAAGAUUACUCUAAGAACUCCGGCGAGAAUCCAAAACAGAUGAGCUUCAGUGAAGUUCUCUUCAAUGGGUUGACGAAUUACAGAGGCUGGAUCCUGGGUUUGGCGUACGGGUUCAGCUUCGGGGUAGAGAUGACGAUGGAGAAUAUAGUCGCCGAGUAUUUCUAUGAUAGAUUCGGGGUGGAUAUUGCGAUUGCUGGAUCAAUUGCGGCCAUUGUUGGGAUGUCGAACUGGUUUUCCCGGCCGAUGGGCGGGUUGUUUUCGGACCGGGCGGCUCGGCGGUUCGGGAUGAGAGGGAGAUUGUGGGCAUUGUGGGCGGUUCAAACCGUCGGCGGUCUGCUGUGUGUAACGCUGGGGAGAGUUUAUAAGUCGUUGUGGGGAUCGGUGGUUGUGAUGGGCGUGUUCUCCGUUUUUGUCCAGGCGGCUUCGGGACUCAAUUUCGGCGUAGUGCCUUUUGUUUCCAAACGGUCACUCGGAGUAGUAUCAGGAAUCACAGGGAGUGGCGGUACAGUUGGCGCGGUUCUGACCCAGCUACUGUUGUUUUCUGGGUCAAGGUUUUCAAAGCAGACAAGCAUAUCUCUUAUGGGUCUAAUGAUGAUUGUUUGUACUAUGCCUGUUUCCUUGAUUUACUUUCCUAGAUUGGGUGGCAUGUUUUGUGGCCCUUCCUUCAACCCAGAUCCUGAAGAUUAUCACCUGCUCGAACAAGAGGAGUCUAUUACGCCGGAAAACAAGUGAGCAGCGGACCAUAUCCUUCGAUCUCAAACACCAUUAAGCAUCACUUCCAACCAAAUCAAGAAUGAAAUGUUGAAUUUGCAAGCCAAGACGAAAAAUAUUGAAACAAGCCAAGGACGGUAACUGCAGAAACAUGUAAGUAAAGAUUUGUCAACUAACAUUAAGGAUAAAAAUAUUAAAGGAAUAAAAAUUAGGGUAUCUAGCAACACAAAUAAAUUGGAAGACUAUAAAAUGUUACUGGUUUUUAUCUUAAUUCUUUGUUAGAAAAUUAUAAACAAAAUUCAAAUUGAACUAGUUUCAUUAAUAGAAUCUUUCAAUGCACUUUCUGGAGCAACAAAGAAUAUCAAAGAUAUCUUGCCAUUGUCCAAGCAUGUUAUCAUUAUUGCCAUCAAUGUGAAGAUUGUUUGUUAUUGCUCUCGACCUUAGCAAAUAUUCAACAUGUAUUCUUGUUUUUGCAAUAAACGAAGUUCUUUCCAUCAAAA